AUGGAUUUACUUAGUCGAGGACUCAAAGAAUCUGGCGAGCUUGGAAAAGCCUCGAAGCUACAGCGCAAAGUUUUUGAGUACAACAAAGAGAAUAGACGCGAUGAUGCUCCCAUAUUCUUAAAAUCUCUAUUUGAAGUAACGAAAACACUCAUCGAACUAGGCAUUACGGAGGAAGCAGAACAAUUGUAUCGGGCGGCGAUUGACCUGCAAGUGAAACUCCUAGGAGAAGCCCAUGUUACGACCUUGAAAAUCAAGAUCGACUGUUUACAGAAAUCUUCAGCUUCGCAAGUACCUGGGGCUGUUUUAGAUGGCGACAAGGAAGGGGAUGCCAAAAUUCUUGGUUUCAUGGACGAUCUGGGAUCUAGACUUCAAAAUCUCAACAGGAUGUUGAGGUAUCUUGCGAAAAAGGAGAAAGCGGAGGAACUGGCCAAAGAUGCACUGCAAAGGUUGAAAGAAUCGUGUGGGGAGGAAAGCAUAGAGUUUCGGAGAUGGAACGAGGACUGUGGGUCUAAAUGGAUAGAAAAAACUAAUAAAGUUUUAAAAGACUUGGAUGCUUAUUAUGAGCAGGUUCUUGGGAGCGCCGAUGAUGUUACGGAUGAGGAGAGGGAUCGGAUCAUGGGGCAGGAAGAUGAAGACGAAGACGCAAAGGAGAGAUAUGCGGCGUUGGGACCCUGGGGCAAGGAGACGAUGAGAACAAUUGAUAUGAGAAAUGCUGGGAUUAGUGAGGGGUCAGGACACGGAUCAAAAUCGGAUUUGGUGGAGCAAAGAUGA